GUGGGGCUCUAUAAUUAUAGCCAUGCCCUAGGUCACUUUGUUAGGGGUUUAUCUCUAUACACGUCGACACAGGUACAGGUUUGUUGCUCUAGUGUAUUCUUGAUCUUCAAUGUUCUAACAAUGAGCAAGUCAUCAACUGAUGAAGGAGAGGACCAUGAGCAGCUCAUCUCAGAGAAAAGACCACCUUGCUGCUGUGAUGCCUAUCAAUCUGACGACCCUGAGAAGAGAGUCAGUCCAUUUGCAGUGGUCAUCCUGCUGGUACUGUUUCUCAUCUAUGUACUGAAUCAAGCUGACCGACUAGUGCUACCAGUGAGCAUCCCAGCUGGACUGAGGUGUCAUGCGUCAGUAGCCUCACAAUGCAACAAUACGAACUUUUCCAACUCAGCGCUUGAAAUUAAUCUGAUGAAUCUUCCAGCAAGUAACAAAUCUGAGGAUUGCAUUGAAUUCAAUGACGAGCAACAAGGAUUACUCACAGGUCCAGCAUUUACAGUGAUUUACGUUGUGGCAGGCCUCCCCCUAGCUAGACUGGCUGACACCAGGUCUCGUUCAGUGGUGCUCAUCCUGGGGCUGUUGUUCUGGUCCGCCAUGGUUCUACUGACAGGGUUUGUGAAAGAGUUCUGGCAACUCGUUGUACUCCGAGUACUGCUAGGAGUGGGAGAGGCAUCUUGCAAUCCAGUGGCAUACUCUCUCGUGGCUGAUUUCUUUCCGUCCAAUCACAGAGCGUUUGCGCUCUCUAUCUAUCAUUAUGGAGUCUAUCUAGGUGGUGCUUUGGGAUGGAUGAGUGGAGCUCUCAAUGUGAUACUAGACUGGAGGUGGACCUUUCGUAUUCUGGGCAUAGCUGGUAUAGUGAUGGCACCCAUCACGUUCAUUGCUCUCUGGGAACCAAAAACUGUACGAAAGAGGAGGCUGGAAAGAAGGAAAGGAAAGAAAGUCUAUUCAAUCAAGGAAGUGGUACUGUUUCUGUUGAAGUGCCCUCCAUACUGGGUGCUGCUGAUCGCAGGGUCAAUUAGAAACAUCCCUGGCUAUGCCCUGGGGGCAUGGCUGCCCACAUUCUUCAGUCGUCAGUACGGAGUGGAAGCUAGUCACUAUGCCAUCCCUGUGGGGCUGGUGGUCCUAUUUGGAGGAGGGGCUGGGUCCUUCAUCGGAGGAUUUCUGUCAGACAGACUCUCCUCUCGCUGGGCGAAUGCAAAGCCCUUUGUGAUAGCAGCUGCCCAGUUGCUGGCAGCGCCAUGCAUAAUGGGAGUGUUGCUAGCCCCCACACCCACCAUGUCUUAUGGCUUCCUAUUUCUGGCUUACCUCACGGCUGAGACAUGGCUCGGACCAGCAGCUGCCAUUGUGCAAGAUAUCUGUAUGCCAGCCAUGAGGUCACAGGCAUCGGCCAUCUACAUAGGAGUCAUCACUGUCGUUGCCAGCUUGGGUCCUGUACUGGUGCCGGCACUCACAGACCACAUUCCACUGUUUGACCCCUGCACCGUGGGUGUAGGCUACGCUCUCCUAGUGAUAGUUCCAUUGUUCUAUGUCACUUCGUCAGCUCUCUUUGUUGUCCUCGGACUAGUGAUUCACUUUUGGAACAAGAGAAUAGCUGCUGAGGAGAUUUCGUACAGUGUACUGGACAGUGAUAAACUAAGUGGCGAUGAUUCUGAUAAGAGCAAAUAGUGUUUUAUAUUAUUUCUAUUCUCUAUGCUUGUCUGUAUGUGUUUUUAUGAAUAAUUUAUGGUAAAAA